AUGCGGCUCUUACUGGCUCUAUUUCUACUGGUAACUGCAGUAGCAGCUGCACCAAAUCAUGACUCAUCUCCAUUCCAAAACUUGCCAAACUACUACCCAGACCUCAGCAGCGAAGACAGCUUCCAUGUCAGAGCCAAACGCGCCAUUUUUGCUGCUCUCGGAAUCGCAAGCUCUUGUGAGGAUGGAUGGACCGGAGAUGGAUGUAAAAACCCAAUCUGUACUGCUUCAAAUCCAGCGCCUUCUUCUGGACAGACCGCUAUGAUCGAACUUUUGUUCUUGAAGGGCAGCUGUGCUGGAUCAUACUACAUCCCUGUGGAUUCUGACGUUGGAAAAGCCUCACAAACAAUUCAAAUCCACGUUUCCGCUUCUGGAACUCCAUACGUGAACUUGACCGAUGCCAAAGGAAUGGUUUUCGUUCCAACCUACACCAACAGCGGAGAUGGUUACGCUUUGACCAUCUUCGGAGAUCUCCCAUCUGGUGGCUACUCCCUGACCAUUGACAAUCAGAAUAUUCCAACUACUGAGUGCAUCGUGGAAGUUAACAGCGAAGCCAAUCUCAAAAUUGCCGAAGGAUUUGUCUACACUCCACAAUCCGAUGACACUCCAUAUGGAGAGUCCGCUGUUGAUGGAGUCCCAAUGUACGUUGUGGCUCAUGUCGCCGCUCAACAAGCACCAGCUCAAGUUCAAUCGAUAACCAUCCGUCAGGGAAAUUCGCUGACUCCAAUCUAUCGUGCUGCUCUGACAAGAAGAUACCAGUGCGGAUAUGAAUACUAUGCUGGACAGUGGCAGUGCCAAUUCGGAAAUUCCUAUUACUUUCAUGUGGACGGAGUUGAUUCCAAUGGAUUCAACUUCAGAAGAACCGGAAGAUUUGCUUGCAUGCAACACCUCACUUCCCUUGCCCCACCAACAACCACUCAAGCCCCAUUGACCAGUUGUUUCAACAACGGAACUCUUCUCAACGUGAACAAUCAAGGAAACACCUGCUUCUGCCCAGAACUCUUCGCCGGAAGACAAUGCGAAAAGGUCAACUGCAUGAAUGCCGGAUUCCCAGAUCCAGACCAAAACGAAUGUGUCUGUGCCGCUGGAUACCACGGAACCAACUGCCAGGAUGUGACCUGCCCAUUGAACUGGGAGCCAUAUCUAACUGACUACAAGACCUUGAUUGUUAUCAUAAGAUCAACCACUUCGAUGAACCAAAACCUUCAAGCAAUUGCUCAAGCUGUUUAUGUAGAGCUCACUAGCAACUCUGCAUUGGGCUAUGAUGUGUACAAGGGAUUCGUGCUUGUGAAAUUCGCCAAUGGAAAGUACACCAACACCUACUAUCCAACUUACGAUCAAACCAAAUUCCUUACUGCUAUCACCACCGCUUCCACCACCGAUGGACAGUGCUCAGAUGCCACUUUCGAUUCAAUCGCUUCAAUUUUCACUGAAGUCGCUGUCUACCAAAAGUCUCCUAUCUACUUCUUCACGGAUGCCAUUGCUAGUGAUGUUGAGAAAUGGCAAACUGUCAUUGAGAUGAACACCCGUCAGAAGUACCCAAUCUACACUCAUUACUUUGUCCAGAACAACUGUGGAUUUGAUGAGAUGAGCCAAGGAUUCCAAGCCAUUGAGUAUGCCUCUUACUACAGUGGUGGAUUGAUUUUGAGACCUACAACAGAUACAUUGCAACAAGUAAUGUUUUUUAAAAAUGUGCUUUUUAGAAAAUCGAUCUCAAUUUUUCAGAUUUUCCAAAACGUGAUCAAGGCUACCGCUUACAAAAUGAACUCUGUUCUGAUUGAUGAUCUGGCUAGCUGCUCCACUCCAACCAGAGUGUUCUUCGUUGACACCUCCACCACUGAGCUCAUGAUUCUUGCUAUUGGACAAUCAUUGACAGUUACUGUCACUGAUCCAAAUGGAGCCAAGAAUACAGCAUUGAAAAUUGUUGAGAGUGGAACUACAUACAUGUAUGAGAUUCCUAGUCCAGUUGUUGGAGAACAUUUGAUUACUGUUGUCUCGAACGUGCAAAACUCCCCAUGCUCAUACCGCGUUCAAGCCCGCUCUGAAUACGAUCUCUUCAUUGGAACCAGCACGGGUGUCAACGAUGAUGCCAGUGACUCGGAACCAGUCUUCGGUCAAUCCACUCACAUUGUCGCCCAACUUUCCGGACUCAAGAACAAAGUCGCCGAUCCAUUCCGUCUCUUCUCUGAGAUCUCCAUUACCAGCAACGUGAACACUGAUGGAAUCUACCAGAAGCCAAUGUACUACUCUAGCGGAAAGUAUCGUGAUGGAUGUGGUUUCCAUAUGUACUUUGGUGCCGCCUCGUUCUGCGACUUCAUGUCUCAGCCGUUCUACGCCACUGUUUAUGCUGAUGAUGGAAAGGGAUUCACCAUUCAAAGAACUACAACUGGAUUCUGUUCUGGAACUCCAACCACUCCAUACCCACCAAACACGUGCCAGAACGGAGGAGUGACCGACCCAACUAAUAACGGUACUUGCAUCUGCCCACCCGGAUUCUAUGGACAAUAUUGCGGAAGCAUUCAAUGCGUCAACGGAGGAACCGCCAGAGGAGGACAGUGUGUUUGCCCAGUCGGAACUGCUGGAACGUUCUGUGAACAAUACGAAUGCCUUUCGAUCAACGGUAACCCAGACGUUUCCUUCGAUGGACAGUCUCUUGCUUUCGUUAUCUCGACCAGAUCAACAAUGAAGGACGCUGUUGCUUUGAUCGCUGCCAAUGUUCAAACCAUGACUCGUGACAUUCAACAGGCUUCUGGAAAAUGGAUCAACAAGUGGAUUUUGAUUGCUGUCAAUUCUGACACCUACUCCCUUCUCGUCAACUCCGAUCGUCCAGCCGACUUUGUUGCCGGAAUUAACAAUCUUUCUGCAAAUUUCACCAACUACGCUGGUGCCGAGCCAAAUUGCGAUAUCCAAAUCGAACUAGCUAUGUAUGGAGCGGCUCUCAUCUCCGAAAGACGCUCUUCUGUUUGGGUCUUCGCCGAUUCUGCCGGCCCGAAUGACUUAUCUUACAUUCAAUUGUUCGAUGUAUCUCAGGAGUAUCAACUCUCUCUCAAUCUCGUCGGAGUUGGUUCAUCGAUCUGUACUACAGCUGAAAACAACGGGCAGUUCCCAUACUAUCUCAAGAGCCUUACCGAAACAACUCUCGGAUCCGUGUACAUGACCACAAAACUCGAUCAAAUCAUGCUCUUCAUUGUAAGCAUGUACAAAUCAUCGGUCUCUCACAGAUACUACGUCCCUGAUUGUCUUAAUCCUGUAUCAUACUACAUGCCAGUCGAUGGAUGGACUCAAUCUCUUACUCUCUCGGUUAUUGGAACUGAUCUUCGCAGUGUUCAAGUCACAUUCCCAGAUGGAACUCUUGGACAGAACUCUGAUUAUGAACUAGUUGCUAUCAAUGAGGUAGAACUCAAAUUGAAUCAAUACGUUGCUGCUUGUGAGGGAUCCUUCUGGAAUUAUCGCCUGCAAAACUGCUACCAACUGCAAGGUGAGAAGUACACAUGGUUGGACAACUGGGAUUACUGUCAUGCUCAGAAGGCUUAUCUCAUUCAUAUCGACAGUCAAGAUGUAAACGAUUACGUUCAUACUCAAGUUGGUUAUUACCGAGCUUGGAUUGGACUUGCUUUCAACAACGGACAAUGGUAUUGGGAUGUUCCAGAUGGCAACUUUGCUCAACCACUGAUCGGAUACACCAACUGGGCACCAGGUAUCGACCCAACAAAGCCAGCUUUCAACCACGCCGUCAUGAAUGUUGAUGGAAAAUGGGAACCAGCUGACCCAGCUGAACUCAACUUUGCUGGUUGCAUGAAACAUCGCUACGGACAAGGAUACUACCCAGGAGAGAAUGCCAAUAUUGUUCCAGGAGGUCUUUGGAAGGUCACAGUUCAAGCUAACAGUGGAAGUUGUGAAAUUCAAGCUCGCUCGCAAUCCGAGAUCCAGGUCUUCUACGGAUUCACUACUGAUCCAAGAAACGAUAAGCCAAACACUUACGCCAAUAUUCAAUCUAACAGCAACUACCUCGUUGCCUAUCCAACUGGAGUGUUGCCAUACACCCCCGACACUAAGCCAUCCAUGGAAGGAAAACUCAACUACGCUGUGCUGGUUAGCAACAGAACAAUCACUAACUCUUUGCCACUUGGAAACCGCGUCUGUACCUAUGCCACUAUUUCGGCUCCAUUCUCUUGUCCCGAUACAGACGGAUCCAUUUCUGAGUUCUCCAUCAAGUUCACAGGAAUCGAUCAAUACGGUUACGCAUUCGAACGUUACGGAGACGCUUUGUGCACCAAGACCAUCAUCAACUGCUUCAACGGAGGAUUCGUCAACAACGGAGUCUGUGUCUGCCGCGCUGGAUGGAUCGGAGCCACUUGCUCCACACCAGUCUGCCAGAAUGGAGGAAUUGAGAAGAAUGGAGCUUGCGACUGCUCUGCUGUCCCACAAUUCAGCGGUCAAUUCUGUCAACUUGCUCACUGUGAGCCACCAUACCCAACUUCCUUUAAUGACAAGGAACGAACACUUGUUCUAAUGCUUGAGACAUCUUAUAACAUGGGAUCUUCCAUAUUCCAAUUGAAGAAGAACUUGAAGGCAUCGCUCGACAGCAUUAACAACGACCCGACUCUUCAAGGAUGGUUCACUAACUUUGUUCUCUAUCCAUUUGAUUCCAGUAAUUCUUUUUUUCUUCUUUUUUUGAAUGCCAGCAACCAAGACUCAUGGUACCCACCAACUGUCUCUCGCAACUCUGACGAUAUCGUUGCCGCUGUUAAGAACAUCAGUACCAUGUCUUGCCCAGGAGCUGCACCAUGCUCUUCUCAAUGCCCACGUCCAAUCGUCGGCGUUAUCAAGAACAUUCUCAACAUGGAAGUGCUCAGUGCACCAAACUCUGUGAUUCUCGUGAUCACUAGAUCGUCACCAGAAGACUACACCAGUGUUGGAUCUAUCGCUCAGAAACUUCAAGAUAAGAAGGCUUAUAUCAAUUUCCUACUCCCAAGGAAACACUUUCACGGUAACCCAACCAAUCUUUUUAUAUCAAUCACAAAUUUCAUACAGAUGAACGCUGUUGAAUUGUCCAAGAACUUCCUCACCCAAUACAUCCCAACACUCUAUUCCUCUGGAGGCAUUGCCGCUUCCAAUGGAAACUGCCAGAACGACGAGAUCAUUUUCCAAGUUGAACAUGAGAUGUACGAGUUCUCCAUUGACUUCUAUCAUCCACUUCUGGAGAGUAUCAAGGUGUUCGACCCAUCUGGUGAUCAGUUGACGGUUCCUGACAAUAUUAUUAGCUCUGACACCAACUACAUCGGAAUCUUCCCAGUAAAUGAAACUGGAGCCACUCGAGCUGGAACCUACCGUAUUCUUCUUACCGGAACUGGAGGAAACAACUGCUUCGCUACCGUCCGUGGAAGAUCUGGUCUUGAAAUCUUCCUUGGAUUUGUGGAUUCUGCUGCUGAUGGUAACAAUGGAGCCACCAACGACGCCGCUCUUCACGCACCAGUAAAUUUGGAGAACAACACCAUUGUGGUUCAUGCAAACGGUCUUGGUAAUGGAAUCGUAAGAUAUGUCCAAAUCGUGAUGCCAGGAUUUGGAUUGAUGCACACUACAGAGAUGAGAAGACGUGACGCCGAGUGUAGCUACGAGUGGUAUGCAACGACUCCAUACUCGUUCGACUAUGAUAGCUACUAUGUGAUCAUUUACGGAAGCAGUGAAUUUGGAAGCAACUGGAAAAGAAACUUCUACGUUAGCACUGUUGGAGGCCGUCCAACACCUCCACCACCACCAGCAAACUGUGAUCUCCAGGCAGUCAAACAGGAUACUCUUUUCAUGAUUGACAGCUCUCUCAAGGAUACCAACAUCACUAACACAAUCGUGAGCCAUAUUUUUAUUUUGAAACAAUUCGCUGUAACCUCAAUGCAACCAUAUAACUAUGCCCAAGGAUUGACCCAGGUUGCAUCUCUUUUGCUCUAUGACCAGGUUCAAGGUGGAUUCUCGUACAACGCUGGAGAGAACUCAUUCGAUAUUGUCUCCUCGCUUUUGUACUCACUUCCAUAUGUGGGACUUCCAGGACAAAAUGUUACCUCAGGAUUGGAAUACGCUCUCAACUACUACAGUACGCCAGCUCAAGGAUACAGAUCUGGUGCCGACAUUCGACAUGUUCUUGUCUAUGUGACUAACACAAACCCUACCGAUCCUGAUCCAUCUGAACUUAUUCGCUCCAUCAAACGAUCCGGACUUUAUGAAGUUGUUGUUGUUGCUCUGGACAUGGAGCCAUCUGACAAGCUGACUAAUAUGGUUUCUCCAAGAUGCUUCUACUAUGCUAAAGACUAUCAUGACUUGAUGAAUUACGGAGUCAACUUUGUUCAAGGACAGUCUUGCAUGCGCUGGAACUUCUGCAAUUAUUGA